AGAAAAAAAAACACAGAGAAUAAAAUAACAAAGGGGAAGGAAAAUCAAGAUGGCUAUGAAAUUAAGUUUCUUGGCAAUGCUUUUGUGCUUAUUGUUAGCAUCUACACCUAAAGCUCAUGCUAGUGUGUUUGACGUGACGAGUGCAACAUACGGUGCAAAGCCUGGCUCUGAUGUCAGUACGGCCUUGGCCAAGGCUUGGAGUGAUGCAUGUGCAUCGCCAUCCGCGAGUAAAGUUGUUGUUCCGAGCGGGACAUACAAGUUAAAAGAAGCAAAUUUCAGAGGCCCCUGUAAGGCUCCUAUUGAGAUGCAAGUUCAAGGCACACUGCAGGCUCCAGCAGACGCUAGCCAACUCACAAGACCGGAUACUUGGGUUGGUUUUCAGUACAUUGACAUGCUCACCUUAUCAGGUGGUGGGACUUUUGAUGGCCAAGGAGCACUUUCUUGGAAUCAAAAUGACUGCCACAAAAACAAAAAUUGCAAACCUAUUCCCGUUAAUCUGCGGUUCGAAUUCCUCACAAAUUCCAAAGUUCAGGACAUAACUUCACUUAACAGCAAAUUUUUCCACAUGCAUGUUUUCCGAUGCAACCAUACUACAUUUCAACAGCUUACCAUCACAGCACCUGACGACAGUAGAAACACAGAUGGAAUCCAUAUCGGGGCUUCGACUGGUAUCAACAUUACUCAUGCAAAGAUUGGAACUGGGGAUGACUGUAUUUCUAUUGGUGAUGACUCCCACGAAAUCACAGUGACUGAUGUUACUUGUGGGCCAGGCCAUGGAAUAAGCAUUGGAAGCCUUGGAAAAUAUAAGGACGAAAAGGAUGUGACCGGGAUCAUAGUUAAGAACUGCACCCUGACUAAUACGGACAACGGUGUGAGAAUCAAAACAUUUCCAGAUUCUCCUUCGCCUAGCACUGCCUCGGGUAUACACUAUGAGGAUAUUAUCAUGGUUAAUGUCAGUAACCCUAUCCUCGUAGACCAAUUGUACUGCCCAUAUACUCAGUGUGAACAAAAGCCUCCGUCAAAAGUUAAGAUAAGCAAUGUUAGCUUCAAGAACAUUAAGGGCUCAUCUUUCACUCCACUUGCAGUCAAGCUUGUAUGUACCACGGGCAUACCGUGUGAGAAUGUGGAGUUGACUGACAUUGAUCUCACCUACGGUGGAGACAAAGGCCCUCUUACCUCUAUGUGUUCUAAUGUCAAGCCCACAAUUACUGGCGUGAUAAAGGGUCUUGGUUGUGCUACAUCGUCCUUGGCACCUCUUCCUUUAUCCAAGAAGUAGAAAGUAAUAAUUAAUGUUCUCUAUACAUAAAUUGCUGUGUUCUACUUUGCUUUUGUGCUACAUGUUCUCUCCUUUGUCCAAGAUAAAUAAAUACACAACACAAUUUUCAUCAA